CUUCUAUCUCUCUGCCUCCCAGAACAAUGCCCGUCUAUCACAUCGUCCUCUUCCGCCUCAAACAAGGCGUCACGCCCGCCCAGCUCGAAAACUGGUCGCGCGUGUCCCAAGCAAUGGUGGGCAAGAUCCCCGGCCUCGUGUCCCUGAAGACGAACCAGCCGCUGCCCAUCUCCGUGCCUCGCGCCAAGGGCUUCGAUAUGGGUCUUGUCGCGGUCUUGGACUCGCCGGCCCAUGUCGAGGGGUAUGCGAGCCAUCCGGCGCAUUUGGAGGUUCAUAAGUUGAGGGAGGAGUUGUGUGAGGAUACGUUGGCUUAUGAUUUGGAGUUUUGAUGGAUUACCCACGAGUCCUACAAGUGAAGUAUAUGAUUAUGAGACGGGAUGACUUAAGUCUAGCAAGAUGAAAUGGUUCUGUCAAUGGAGCAAAAUACACAAGAUUUUUGGAAAAAACGCC